CCGGUUGUGCAUACACGGCGAACCUUUCGCCUUUGGAUCAAGUCAGACUGUUGAGUGUUAAUAGUCUCAGAAUGAGCUGGUGGUGGGCUAGAGCUACUGACGCUGCAAAGAAGAAAUACGAUGACAAAGAAGCACCACCUUUAAGCCACCAGAGCGUGGGCCUGGUGAUCGGCGUGACAGGCAUCGUCGGCAACAGCCUAGCUAAAAUCCUCCCACUCCCAGACACCCCCGGCGGCCCCUGGAAGGUUUAUGGUGUGGCUCGUCGCUCACGCCCCGCAUGGAACGCUAACCAUUCAGUCGAAUACAUCCAAUGCGACGUGUCUGAUUCCCAUGACACCCAGCACAAGCUUUCCCAAUUAACCGAUGUCACCGACAUCUUUUAUGUCACGUGGACCUACCGACCCACUGAGGCCGAGAACUGCGAGGCCAACGGUGCCAUGUUCCGCAACGUGCUUCGCGCUCUUAUCCCAAACGCUCCGAAUCUCCGCCACAUCUGCCUCCAGACCGGCCUCAAACAUUACAUCGGACCCUUAGAGGAAAUGGGCAGGAACAAAGCCCCCAGUCCACCUUUUACGGAGGAUAUGCCACGUUUGAAUGUGUCGAAUUUCUAUUAUACGCAGGAAGAUAUUUUAUAUGAAGAAGCUAAAGAUAAGAAAGGCCUCACUUGGUCCAUCCACCGACCCGGCCCAAUAUUCGGAUUCUCCCCCUAUGGCUUGGUGAACAUAGUAGGGACGCUUUGCGUAUACGCCGCUAUAUGCAAGCACGAGGGGCUUCCAUUGAAAUUUCCUGGAAGCAAAGUGGCUUGGGAGUACUACUUGGUGGCUUCGGAUGCCGAUCUUAUUGCGGAGCAGCAAAUAUGGGCGGUGGUGGACCCUAAUGGUAAGAACGAAGCGUUUAAUUGCAACAACGGGGACGUGUUCAAAUGGGAGCCUCUUUGGAAGGCAUUGGCUGAGAGAUUUGGGAUUGAGAAGUACGGAUUCGAAGAGGGUGAGAAAAUUAGCUUGGAGGAGAUGAUGAAGAACAAGGAUCAUGUAUGGGAAGAGAUAGUGAGGGAGAAUCAACUUCAACCAACAAAGUUGGAGGAUAUUGGGGUGUCGUGUCGGUAUGUGGACUUGUUCUUGGUUGGGGGUGAUUUCUUGGACAGUAUGAAUAAGAGCAAGGAGCGUGGGUUCUUGGGGUUCAGAAACUCCGUGAAUUCGUUCGUUGCGUGGAUAGAUAAGAUGAAAGAUUACAAGAUUAUCAUGUUAUGCCACAUCGUGUUGUUAAAAUUUUUAAAAAAAUUUAUUUGUAAACCCAGUAUUCCUGGUAAAAUUUUAAAUGCCCUAUAUCCUUUUAGCUAUAUUUUUAUCUGUUAUAGUCAUAUCCUUCCCCUCUUAGACACCCCAGGUGGGCCCUGGAAGUUAUACGGCGUCGCACGCCGGCCACGACCCAGUUGGAACGCGGACCACCCAGUCGAGUGCAUCCAGUGCGAUAUCUCUGACGCGGAGGACACCCAGGCCAAGCUCUCUCCCCUGAACGAUGUUACCAACAUCUUCUAUGUCACCUGGGCCAACCGACCCACGGAGGCGGAGAACUGUGAGGCCAACGGCGCGAUGUUCCAUAACGUCCUCCGCGCCGUAAUCCCGAACGCGCUGAAUCUCAACCACGUGUGCCUCCAGAGAGGGACCAAGCACUACAUCGGAACCUUCGAGUCUUGCGGCAAGAUCCAACCCCACGAUCUACCUUUGACGGAGGAUUUGCCCCGAUUGGAUGUACCCAAUUUCUAUUACACCCUUGAAGAUGUGCUGUUCGAGGAGGCUGAGAAACAAGAGGGAUUGAAUUGGUCGAUUCACAGGCCCCAGGUUAUAUUCGGGUUCUCGCCGUAUAGCUUGAUGAAUAUAAUCGGCACGCUUUGCGUAUACGCCGCUAUAUGCAAGCACCAGGGCCUUCCCUUGAAAUUUCCUGGAAGCAAAGCGGCCUGGGAGUGUUACUCGGUGGCUUCCGAUGCUGAUCUUAUUGCGCAGCGGCUUAUAUGGGUAGCGGUGAAUCCGUAUGCGAGGAACGAAGCAUUUAACUGCAGCAACGGGGACGUGUUCAAGUGGAAGCACUUUUGGAAAGUGUUGGCAGAGCAAUUUGGGAUUGAGAAUUUUGGGUUCGACGAGGGCGAGAAUCUGAGACUGAGUGAGAUGAUGAAGGACAAGGGUCCAGUGUGGGAGGAGAUUGUGAAGGAGAAUCAGCUGCCACCUACCAAGCUCGAGGAUGUUGGGCUCUGGUGGUUUGCAGACAUGAUGCUUGAAGGUGGGGAGGCCCUGUUGGAUAGCAUGAAUAAGGGUAAGGAGCAUGGGUUCUUGGGGUUCAGAAACUCAAAGAAUUCCUUCAUUUCUUGGAUCGAUAAGGUGAAAGCUUUCAAGAUUGUGCCUUAGAAAUGUUUAUGGUUCUCCGGUGUUAUUCCCAAUUGAGUGUAUGCUGGUAUUCUUAAAUAAGCAUGAAGGGAAAGAGGUAUGGUUUCCUUGAGCAAAAUUAAUUUACUCCUACCUUGUUGCUAUGUAUUUUCAUGCAAUGGCAUGACAAAAGAAUGAUUGUUUUGCACUAUAUAUGUUGUCAAAUUAAUGGCAAAAGAACAUUUGUUUAAAUA